AUGAGCGCAUUUGGUUCUGGUGAAAAUCUUUUCGACGAUGUCGAUGUCGACCAGUUAGUCGCCAGCCAACCGCUCGCUUCCACGGGCAACUUGAAGCGGACAUGUGACCACGAAACCGAGGUUAACAGCCGCGGCAACCAGCGCAAAAAACAACGGAACAAUAGCGGCGGUAUCAUCGACGAGAAUCCCGUUCCCGAUGAUGGCGUCUUGAAAGAAUUGCAACCCGAGAAUGUAGCUCAGAUGGAGGUCGCCCAGAAGUUGCUGACAGAGACAUUCGGGUAUUCAUCAUUUCGUCACGAGCAAGCGGGCGCCAUCGGACGGAUCCUCGCUGGCGGGAACGUCCUGACCGUGUUCCCAACCGGCGCGGGGAAAUCCCUCUGUUAUCAGAUCCCGGCCACUGCCUUCCCGCAGUUGGAUUUGCAGGAUGCUUCGAGAACACCCGGCGAGCAUGGUAUUACCAUUGUUGUCUCGCCGCUCAUCGCCCUGAUGAAGGACCAAGUUGAUGCCCUCAAGAGAAAGAAGGUGGCUGCCGAUUGCAUCGACUCGACAAAAACGUGGGAACAACUACAGCAGACCUACGCCGCCCUGCGAGAAGGGAAACUGCGGGCGGUGUGCGCCCUCUUGGCCGUCGACGAGGCCCACUGCAUCUCGGAAUGGGGACACUCGUUCAGGCCCGAGUAUCUCAAAGUCGCCCGCUUCGCCGACGAGAUCGCGGCCGAAAGGGUCAUUUGUCUUACGGCAACGGCCACUCCCAAGGUCGUCGACGAUAUUUGCAGCGCCUUCAAAAUCCCGACAGAAGGCGUGUUUCGCACAACUGCCUAUCGGCCGAACUUAAACCUCCACGCUCGGGCUGUGAAGACCAAGCAUGACAAGUAUCCGCUCCUUUUCCAGUUCUUGAACGAGAACCCAGGACCAACACUGGUCUACGUCACUCUCCAGCAACAGUCAGUCCUGCUAGCGGCCGAUCUGCGAGAGCACGGGUUUGAUGCCGAGGCAUUCCAUGCCGGCAUGAAGGUGGAUGAAAAGAGCGAAAUCCAGGACAGGUUCUUGGCCAACGACAUUCGUAUCGUCGUGGCGACGAUUGCCUUUGGCAUGGGCAUCGACAAGCCCGACAUCCGCAAUGUCGUCCACUUCGAUCUCUCGAGCACCGUUGAAGAGUACUGCCAGCAGGUCGGCCGCGCCGGGCGGGACGGGAAGACCGCCAACUGCAUGUUCUACAUCUGCCCAGACGACCGGUACAUCCGCGAGAACUUUGCGCGGGGCGACCUCCCCUCGCGCAAAUCCCUCAACGGGCUGCUCAUUGACAUCCUUGGCAAAAACGCCGCUAAACCUGUGGGCGACACCUUCAAGACGAGCCACUACGCGCAAUCGCGAGAUUAUGACAUUCGCAUGAGUCCUCUGGUCAUCAUCUACGCAGCGCUGGAGUUGCGCUUCGGGCUAAUUCGCGCCGUCACCCCGGAGUACAGCAAAUACAAGUUCGUCGCCACUCCAGGGUACUUCACGCGGAUGAAAACAGACCACUCCCCAGCCAGCAGAGCCAUCUCCACCAACGCCUUCAAGAAGGCCAAAUUCCACCACGUCGACCUCGCCACCAUCAUGUCCCGCACGGGCCUCCCCCGUAUCGACCUUGUCCGCACGCUCAACGAACUGCACGAAACAGGCCUCAUCGAGCUCAAGGCCGGCGGGAUCGAACAAAAAUACCGCAUCGUCCAACCCCUCCCUCGCAAGGGCAGCCCUGCCUUCGCCGCCCUCCUCGACGACCUGCAAGCCGACCUCUCCCGCCGCGAGGCCGACGCCCUGCGCCGCACCCAGCAGGUCGAGGACCUGGUCACGGGCGACCGGUGCCUGGCGCUGGCGCUGGCCCAGCACUUUGGCAUGGGCUUGCCGGGUGGGAAGAGCAAGUGCGGACAUUGCACGCAUUGUCUGACGGGGAGGCGGGUUGUGAUGCCGCCGAAACGGCUGAGAAAGCCGGAUCUCGCGGGGAUUGGGAGGAUCUUGGCCGCGUGUGAUGUUAGGGAUGAUCCGAGGUUUUUGGCGAGGAUCGCGUUUGGUAUCAAGAGCCCGAGGGUGAUCCAGUUGAAGAUGCAUAAGCAUCCGGUGUUUAUGACGCUGGCCGAUCAUGAUUUUGAGGAAUUCGAAACGGCGUGUAGAUUGCCAAGGCUUGAGCGGCGCCUCAAUGCCUACAUCUCGGAGGGCGAUUCAAUGGGAUCGGAGAGCAGCGACUCGGAGAGGCUGGAUGACCGCAGGCUGUCCUGGGACAUGUCGCUCAUGUUCGGUGGAGUGGGCUCAAGCUUGUAA